CCCGCCCCAGGGCCGCUUCCUGCGCCCCGCCCCGCUCGGGACGUGCGCCGCGCGGCCAUGGCGGCUGUGGACAUCCGAGAUAAUCUGUUGGGAAUUUCCUGGGUCGACAGCUCCUGGAUUCCAAUAUUAAACAAUGGGAGUGUGUUGGACUAUUUCUCAGAGCGAAGCAACCCUUUCUAUGACCGAACAUGUAACAAUGAAGUCGUCAAAAUGCAGCGGAUGACCCUGGACCAUUUGAACCAGAUGGUUGGAGUGGAGUACAUCCUUCUUCAUGCUCAAGAGCCCAUUCUUUUCAUUAUCCGAAAGCAGCAAAGGCAAUCUCCAACACAAGUUAUGCCAUUGGCUGACUACUAUAUUAUUGCUGGAGUGAUUUAUCAAGCACCUGACUUAGGGUCUGUCAUUAACUCCAGAGUUCUCACUGCAGUGCAUGGAAUUCAGUCUGCUUUUGAAGAAGCCAUGUCCUACUGUCGCUAUCACCCAUCCAAGGGCUACUGGUGGCAUUUCAAAGAUCAAGAAGAACGAGAGAAAACUAAACCAAAAGCCAAGAAGAAAGAAGAACCAAGCUCUAUUUUCCAAAGACAACGGGUAGAUGCUUUGCUUUUAGACCUAAGACAAAAGUUUCCACCCAGAUUUGUUCAGCAAAAGCCCGGAGAAAAGCCUAUCCCAGUGGAUCAAAUCAAGAAGGAACCAGAACCAGCUCCUGAAGCUGUCAAGACAGAGGAAAAAGAGACUGUCAAGAAUGCCCAGAGUGCUGGUGCUAAAGGACCACCUGAAAAACGAAUGAGACUCCAGUGAAGAGAGAAGCUAUUACACAUCUGGAUUAGUCAGUACCUGGAAAACAGGAGAUUCUUGCUCCCUUUUCUUUAUAUUUAAGCUCUUCCACUGAGACUGACAAUUCAGGGACUGAGAUCCCUGUAACAGCUUUUUCUGUAGAAAAUUCUCAUGCAAAUGUUAAUGCCAGAAUGUGAGCUGCCCCAAAGGAGGUGUUUUCUGUCUUCAUCUUAUUUUGAAUGCGGGCUUCUGAGAAUGGUUUUUACAUGGACAUGUUCAGCAGCCUCCUGAAAUCUUUACAAACUCUUGCAUCCUUUGUCUAGGUUUCCUAUGUAAAAAGAAAAAAAAUCCUUUUAUAUGUAAAAAGGAAUUGGAAUUCUUGGCAAAUAAAACUCCUGGCUGCUGGAAUGCCUUUCUUAAAUGUAUACUUUAUUAUUAGCAAAUAUGUCAUAUAUGCUGGCAGCAUUUUUUUCUUUUCUUGGACAUUGGAAUAUAUUGUGUUCUAUUUUGAGGAGGAAAAGUUAGGUUCCCCACUACAAAUUGUUGUGCCUCUAGUGUACUUGGGAUAAAGAUAAAAGAUUUGAUAACUGGACCCUCAAAUCCAUGUAGUUAGAUGUCAGAAUGGUCUUUGUUUCUAGAUAUUCUUGGACACUGGUUUAAUUAAUAGUUAAGAUGAUAGUUUAUUACAGAAGUUAGUGUUUUGGGAGAGAGAUUUAUGACAUAAAACAGGCUAAAAUUUCUUGAUAUUGCACACUCAGUGAAGCUGUUUAUAUUUCUAAUUUUUCACUGUAACUCAAAUAUAUCAAUCACAUCUCUUCCUCUGUGCUCCUAGCACUUCCUUGCUCCUUCAUUAGAUGUGCCCCUUUUAGAUUUGUGGAAGAGUGGAAGAGAAACAUCACUGACACCUGUACACUUACUUCAGCUUAGUGCUUGUAUAAAACCUUUUUU